AUGUUACUUGAGGUGGGCUCUUUGACGUCAACUACCUCAAAUUUGGGUGCUAAGACGCGGACACAGUCUAAAGUGAUCUCAUUGCAAUCGCCCUUUUAUGAGACAAGCGUGGGUUCUCGAGCCAUUCGCUAUAAGUGGGAUCCGGAAGGCAGGAAUGACUUCGUUGGCGGCAAGGUCACAAUCAGAGCAGCAUCCUCUGCUGACUCCGAACCCGCGAAAGUGGCGUCUGUGGGCAUCAGUGAUGGCGAAGUCAUCCUUGGUGGACUGACUCCCAACACGCUAUACUCAGUGAUUGUGACCGUAACUCGAGACGGAAAACAGGUUCACAAUACUUGGGACAACAUAAAAACACUGAGCACCAAAGGAACACACGCAACGAACAGACCACCAGACCCAUUUUAUCAGCUUGCAGUGGACACUGAGUCCAUUCGCGUAACAUGGGAUGCGAAAGACAGGAAGGAGUUGCUAGGUGCAGAAAUAACAAUGGAAGCAAUGUUGAUGUCUGACCCUGAACAGACUCAGUCUGCGUCUGCAGACAGCAGUGCUGGAGCAGUAGCUGUUGAUGGACUGACACCCAACACACUGUACCUAGUGACUGUGACGGUGACGAGCAGUGGGAGUGAAGUGAUGCAUUUCACCAAACCAAUUAAGACGCCAAGCAAAGGUAAGCUAUGA